CUACAGUAUCUGCCAUAGUUACCUGUUUGCAGGCUCUGACUGGCCCACUGGGCAUAUUCCCAGUGUGCCCAACUCCUACCCUUAAUUACUUAUUUUGUGCGAAACCUGCCGCCCUCCCCCCUCAGUGCCCCUAGUCCGGCCCUGCCUGUUCGGGAAGGUAACCACCCCUACCUUGUUUCCCUAGACCUUUAUGCAGGUGGAGGCUCUUUUCUCAGGCAUAUUUUGGAUUCCCUCUUCACUCUCCCGCUGGGUGUUAAGCAGUAAUAAAAGGCAUUUCCUUCAACUAGUCACUCACAAUUUGGGGAGGAGCGGUGGGGGCCUUCUUCCGUCUCCUCACGCCUCUUCCGCUGACGCAACGGAACUCCGCUGCUUGCAUACGCUCGCGAGCUUUUCCUCUUCCCUUUUCGAAUUUGGCGCGCUGCUUCCCCACUGGCUGCGGGUGUCGGCCAAUGGUCGGGAGAAUCGUAGACUCGUACCCAAUCAGCGCGCUCAUGUGGGCAGCGGAGGGACCAAUAAGGAGAAAGCGCGGCGCCUACAAAUAUCGGCGAAGCGCGGGUUUCUGCUCCAUUCCGCUCUCCCUGCUCCCAUUCAUCCUUUCGGCUGUCGAGGGCUCGCCAUGUCGGGGCGCGGAAAGGUUGGCGGCGGCAAAGCGCGGGCCAAGGGCAAGUCGCGCUCCUCACGGGCCGGGCUGCAGUUCCCGGUGGGGCGCGUGCACCGGCUGCUGCGGCGAGGACACUAAGCGGAGCGGGUCGGGGCCGGCGCGCCCGUCUACCUGGCAGCGGUGCUGGAGUACCUGACGGCCGAGAUCCUGGAGCUGGCGGGCAACGCAGCGCGGGACAACCGCAAGACGCGCAUCGUGCCCCGCCACGUCCAGCUGGCUGUGCGCAACGACGAGGAGCUCAGCCGCCUGCUGGGCCGCGUCACCAUCGCCCAGGGCGGCGUCCUGCCCAACAUCCCGGCCGCCCUCUUGCCGCGCAAGGCCGGCGCAGCCUCCGGAGCAGCCGCGCAGCCGGCCAAGAAGAAGAAGCAGACGGCGGUCCAGGCCUCGCAGGAGUACUAGAUGCCGCCGACGGCAGGAGGAGAGCGGCUCGUCGCCCUGCUGGGAUCCAGGCGCGGCGCGCCCCCAGCCGGAGAGCGGGACUCGAUGGACGCAGAGGCUCCAGGCCUUUCUCCCUUGCUCGGCGGCGGGGCGGCUGCUUUGCCCCGGGGCUGCCUCUUCGGGGCCUCGUUUGCGUCCAGGUGGCUCAUUAAAGGGGCUUUGUUUGA